AUGGCUGUCAGGUCUAGGCUGCGCUCUGCAUUCCGCCGUCGCAAUACCGAUGAGUUUGUUGCUCCUGAGGCUGUCACUACAGAACAAGCUUUCAAGAUCGAUCCUUCACCCGAGUCUGGUCUUGCCCCUGGGGAGGGAUUCAAGCCCGAGAAUUCUCCCGAAGGCAGUUCUCAGAACGACAACGUCCAACCGCAGGAUGCACAUGAGAACACCCAGCGUGGUGUUAACGACGUCGAGGCCGUCACGGCCACCUGGUCGAAGGCUGCCCUGAUUGCAGUUUUUAUCAACAUAUGGUUCCUCUACUUCGUCAACGCCUUUCAAUCCUCGAUCUUGUCUAGUCUCCUGCCAUACGUUACCAGCGACUGGGACUCUCACUCGCUCCUGACAACGAUCUAUGUCGUUGCGGACGCCGUCACUGCCGCUGUUUAUAUCCCCCUCGCGAAGAUUCUUGACGUAUGGGGCCGUGCUGAGGGUUUCGCGCUUAUGACCCUCUUUGCGACCAUGGGUCUGGUUAUGAUGGCUGCGUGCCAUAACCUGCCUACGUUCUGCGCUGCAUAUGUCUUCUACACCCUCGGCUUCGGCGGAAUGACAUACACCGUCGACGUCAUCACAGCCGACUCGUCAAGACUGAAGAAUCGAGCCCUCGCUUACGCCUUCACAUCCUCGCCCUAUAUCAUCACAGCCUUUGCAGGCCCUAAGGCCGCCGAGGAGUUUGAAGAGAAGUACAGCUGGCGCUGGGGCUUCGGCGCGUUCGCGAUUAUUUUCCCCAUCGUCGCUGCGCCGCUGUUCGUGCUCUUCAAAGUGAAUCUGAGGAAGGCGGCCAGCCAAGGAGCGCUCGCUCGGGAGUCUAGCGGACGGACGCUGAUGCAGAGUAUCUGGCAUUAUAUUGUCGAGUUUGAUGCAUUCGGCGUCUUCGUCUUCUCCGCCGGGUUAACAGUCUUCUUCCUCCCCUUUGAAAUCGCCGACUCCGCACCCCACGGCUGGUCAACUGGCUACAUCAUCGCAAUGAUCGUCGUGGGCGUGGUAAUGCUCGCCGUCUUCGUCAUCCACGAACUCUACAUCGCCCCCGUCCCCAUGAUCAAAUUCAGCUUCAUCCGCGACCGCACCGUCAUCGGCGCCUGUCUCCUCGACGCAACCUACCAAAUCGCCUAUUACUGCUGGGCAAACUACUUUACGUCCUUCCUGCAGGUAGUCAAUGACCUCACACUUUCAGAGGCCGGGUACGUGAGUAACACGUUUGAUGUCGUGAGUGGGGUACUGCUGUUCCUUGUGGGAUGGAGUAUUCACAAGACGGGGCGGUUCAAGUGGUUACUCUACAUUGCGGUUCCGCUGUAUAUCUUUGCGCAGGGGCUCAUGAUUUACUUCCGCCGGCCGAACCAGUCUGUUGGAUAUUUGGUCAUGUGUCAGAUUUUCAUCUCGAUUGGUGGGAGUAUCUUUAUUAUUAUUGAGCAGCUCGCCAUUCUAGCGGCAGUUGACCAUCAGCACGUUGCAGCCGUUCUGGCCCUCCUCAACGUCGUCGGAACAGUUGGAGAUGCGAUGGGGAAUACAAUCUCAGGCGCCAUCUGGACGAAUACCUUCCGCAAGGCAUUGAAGAAGGACCUCCCUGCCUCGGAACUGCCCAACAUCGAUGAUAUCGUCGGCAACUUGGAUACGCAGAAAGGAUAUCCAAUUGGAAGUGCGGCAAGGUUGGGCGUUCAAAAGGCGUAUGGGUAUGCGCAGACGAGGAUGUUGGCUGCGGGCACGGGAAUUAUGGUUCUUUGUUUCAUCUGGACGGCAAUGAUCCGCAAUAUCAAUGUGCAUAAGGUGGCCCAGGUCAAGGGUGUAGUGUUUUAG